AUGCAACCCCCCAACAGCAACCUCCGCGCCUUCAACCUGGCCGUAACCACCCUCCUCAAAACCCCCUCCCAAUUCCUCCCCCACCUAACCAUCCCAACAAUCACCCACCUACCCGAAAAUCUCGGCCCAGAAAUCCUCCCCAGCGCCUCAAAGCCCCCGACCAUCCGCGCCCUUGUCCUCGACAAAGACAACACGCUCUGCCACCCAAAAACGACCUCCUUCCCAUCCGAGAUCCUAUCGAAGCUGCACGCAUUGCGCACAUCCCCAACGUCACCCUUCACAAAAGAUAACUCGAUCCUGAUCGUCUCGAACCGCGCGGGGAGUCACCCGCGGUAUGACGCGGAGGUGCGCGAGCUGGAGAAGGAGCUCGGCGAGUUGCAAAUCCCAGUGUUUCGGCUGCCAGAGGGGAGUGAGAAGAAGCCGUUUUGUGGGAAGGAGGUGCUGGAGUGGUUCCGCGAGAGGGGGGUGGUGAGUCGUGCGGAUGAGAUUGCGGUGGUGGGGGAUCGGUUGGGGACGGAUGUGUUGAUGGCGGUGCAGAUGGGGUCGUGGAGUGUUUGGUGUCGGGAUGGUGUGACUGAGGGGGGCAGGGAGAUGAACUUGUUGGAGAAGAUGGAGGUUUGGGUUGAGAAGUAUUUGAGGGAGUCGAGGGGGUUGAAGGCGCCGGUGCCGAAGGAGUGGGAGGGUCGGUAG